AUGGAAAAGUAUGAAAAAUUGGCUAAGAUUGGAGAAGGAUCUUAUGGGGUUGUAUUCAAAUGCAGAAACAAAACCUCUGGACAAGUAGUAGCUAUUAAAAAAUUUGUGGAAUCUGAAGAUGAUCCUGUUGUUAAGAAAAUAGCACUAAGGGAAAUACGUCUGUUGAAGCAAUUAAAACAUCCAAACCUUGUGAACCUCAUUGAGGUGUUCAGGAGAAAAAGGAAAAUGCAUUUGGUUUUUGAAUACUGUGAUCAUACACUUUUAAAUGAGCUGGAAAGAAAUCCAAAUGGAGUUGCUGAUGGAGUGAUCAAAAGUGUAUUAUGGCAAACACUUCAGGCUCUUAAUUUCUGUCAUAAACAUAACUGUAUUCACAGAGAUGUGAAACCUGAAAAUAUUCUCAUAACUAAGCAAGGAAUAACCAAGAUCUGUGACUUUGGAUUUGCACGAAUUCUGAUUCCAGGAGAUGCCUACACGGAUUAUGUUGCUACAAGAUGGUACCGAGCUCCUGAACUUCUUGUGGGAGAUACUCAGUAUGGUUCUUCGGUCGACGUGUGGGCUAUCGGUUGUGUUUUUGCAGAGCUCCUGACAGGCCAGCCUCUCUGGCCUGGAAAAUCAGAUGUGGACCAACUUUAUCUGAUCAUCAGAACACUAGGAAAACUAAUUCCAAGACAUCAAUCGAUCUUUAAAAGCAACCAGUUUUUUCACGGCAUCAGUAUUCCUGAACCAGAAGACAUGGAAACGCUUGAGGAAAAGUUCUUAGGUAUUCAUCCCGUGGCUUUGAAUUUCAUGAAGGGCUGUCUAAAGAUGAAUCCAGAUGACCGAUUAACCUGUGUCCAACUCCUGGAGAGCCCCUACCUUGAUUCUUUUCGAGAAGACCAAAUGAAACGAAAAGCCCGCAACGAGGGAAGAAACAGAAGACGUCAGCAGGUACAUCUGUUCGAAAGUUAAAGUUCCAUAAAAUGAUCCUUUUAUUCCCCACUCUUUCCCAUGUUUCCCUUUCAAAGUGAGGUGAGGUAGACACCACGACCGUACCAUUGUAUUAGUUUA